GGAGGCUCCGCCGGGAGGACUAUGUUGCGACCGAACAUUCUGCUCACCGGUACACCAGGGGUUGGGAAAACCACACUGGGCAAAGAACUUGCCUCCAGAUCGGGACUGAAAUACGUUAAUGUGGGUGAUUUAGCUCGGGAAGUCUGAUCAGCAGAUAUGGAGUCUGGCAAGAUGGCUUCUCCCAAGAGCAUGCCGAAAGACGCGCAGAUGAUGGCGCAGAUCCUGAAGGAUAUGGGCAUCACAGAGUAUGAGCCGAGAGUGAUAAAUCAGAUGCUGGAAUUUGCCUUCCGCUAUGUGACCACAAUUCUAGAUGAUGCAAAGAUUUACUCAAGCCAUGCUAAGAAAGCUACCGUUGACGCAGACGAUGUGCGCUUGGCCAUCCAGUGCCGCGCGGACCAGUCCUUCACCUCUCCUCCCCCGAGAGAUUUUUUAUUAGAUAUCGCCAGGCAGAGAAAUCAAACCCCUCUGCCCUUGAUCAAACCAUAUUCAGGCCCUAGAUUGCCACCUGAUCGAUACUGCUUAACAGCUCCCAACUAUAGGCUUAAGUCUUUACAGAAAAAGCCAUCUACUUCGGCAGGAAGGAUAACAGUCCCCCGGCUCAGUGUCGGGUCGGUCGCUAGCCGACCAAAUACGCCCACGUUAGGCACGUCGGCUCCACAGACCAUGUCUGUCCCAACUAAAGUGGCUGCUCCGAUGUCCCUCACGGGCCAGAGGUUCACCGUGCAGAUGCCGGCCUCACAGCCACCUGCUGUGAAGGCAUCCCUGCCCGCCACCUCCACGGUUCAGAAUGUGCUCAUCAACCCCUCGCUGAUCGGGUCCAAAAACAUUCUUAUUACUACCAACAUGGUGUCAUCCCAGAAUACUGCCAGUGAGUCGAGUACGUUGAAAAGAAAGCGUGAAGAUGAUGAUGAUGAUGACGAUGAUGAUGAUGAUGACUAUGAUAAUUUGUAACCUUGAUGCAUGUAACACGUACACUUGGUCUUCACUCCACUGUACUGAAAUUAAACAAGUAUGUUAUAUGUUUUCAA